CGUGAGGGCGGUGGCGCGUUCCGCUUCGGAGGUGCAAGCCUGAGUCCCCUCCGCAUCCAUUACCUGUGGGUCCUUUAUAGCUCACCCCACCUGAAAUAUAUGACAGGGGCUGCAACGUCCCACUUAGCCCGCGUCUUCCUUCCCUUAAUAGGCUUCCCAAAGAGUCGUCUGUCGGUAGGGCCUCUUGUCUGAUAGAGAUUUCCCCUCCUCUAAAUUGGGAUAUUCUCUCUUCUCCUCCCUCCCCCCCCCCCCACUGCCCUGAAGAGUCUCCGUAGAAUUGGGUCUGCUGGGAGACUCCUCAUUCACCUUUUCAAAGGGAUGCCCCCAUCCUUCCCCUUUAAGUAGAGCCCCCUGCACGUCUUCGCUUCUGCGGAUCCUUUCUUCCCUAGCCAAGCCAGAGAGAGGGAGAUACUCUAGGUGCCCUAUGUCUCCUACGCAGAGGCCUCCCUCGUCCAGGGGAGCCAGUGACAGUUCCCUCUAAACCCUCUUCCUUGAUUGGAGGAGUUGGGGAAGAGGAGGAGGAGGUCGGGGGUGUACUCCCCACCCCCAAUAUCCUGGAGCUGGAGCCGCAAGGGGAACAGUAUCAAGGCAGCUGCCGAGACUUACAGGAGAAGGGCAAAGGUGAAGCCCAGCCUCCUCCACGGCCGCCAUGCCGUCUAAUGCCCGGGCUGGCAGCUUGAAGGACCCUGAGGUGGCUGAACUGUUCUUCAAGGAUGACCCCGAAAAGCUCUUUGUUGACCUGCGGGAGAUUGGUCAUGGCAGCUUCGGAGCAGUCUACUUUGCCCGAGACAUACGUAACAAUGAAGUGGUGGCCAUCAAGAAAAUGUCCUACAGUGGGAAGCAGUCUAACGAGAAAUGGCAGGAUAUUAUCAAAGAGGUGAAGUUUCUGCAAAAGCUGCGGCACCCGAACACCAUUGAAUACAAGGGCUGCUAUCUACGGGAACAUACAGCAUGGCUGGUGAUGGAGUACUGCCUGGGCUCUGCCUCAGACUUGCUGGAAGUGCACAAGAAACCGCUGCAGGAAGUAGAGAUUGCAGCCAUAACACACGGUGCCCUGCAGGGGCUUGCAUACCUGCAUUCGCACAACAUGAUCCACAGAGAUGUGAAAGCUGGGAAUAUCCUGCUGACUGAGCCAGGACAAGUGAAACUGGGGGACUUUGGCUCGGCCUCCAUCAUUGCUCCCGCUAACUCCUUUGUUGGCACCCCAUACUGGAUGGCUCCCGAGGUGAUCCUAGCCAUGGACGAGGGGCAGUACGACGGCAAGGUGGAUGUCUGGUCACUUGGCAUCACGUGCAUCGAACUUGCGGAGCGCAAACCACCCCUCUUUAACAUGAAUGCUAUGAGUGCCUUAUACCACAUCGCCCAGAAUGAUUCUCCGCUGCUCCAGUCCAGUCACUGGUCUGAAUAUUUCCGGAACUUUGUGGAUUCGUGCCUGCAGAAGAUCCCCCAGGACCGCCCAACCUCUGAUGUGCUGCUCAAGCAUCGCUUCCUCUUGAGGGAACGUCCCCAGACAGUUAUCAUGGACCUGAUCCAGCGAACCAAGGAUGCUGUGAGGGAGCUGGACAACCUGCAGUACCGCAAGAUGAAGAAAAUCCUUUUCCAGGAGGCACAGAAUGGCCCAAAUGCAGAGGCACCAGAAGAGGAGGAGGAGGUGGAGCAGUUUCUCCACCGUACAGGCACCAUCAACAGCAUGGAGAGUAGCCAUUCGGUGCCCAGCAUGUCCAUCAGCGCUAGCAGCCAGAGCAGCAGCGUCAACAGCCUGGCGGAUGCCUCUGAUGACGACGAUGGGGCUGAGAUUGCCAUGAUGCAGGAAGGCGAGCACACAGUCACCUCCAACAGCUCCGUCAUCCAUCGCCUUCCGGGCCACGACAACCUGUACGAUGACCCGUACCAGCCUGAGAUGGAGCCCCAGAGCUCAUCAUCAGCUGCCCGGCGCCGUGCCUACUGCCGCAACCGGGACCACUUUGCGACCAUCCGUACAGCUUCUCUGGUGACUCGCCAGAUCCAGGAGCACGAGCAAGACUCGGCGCUGCGGGACCAGAUGAGCGGCUACAAGCGGAUGCGGCGUCAGCACCAGAAGCAGCUGCUGGCUCUGGAGAACAAGCUCCGUGCGGAGCUGGACGAGCACCAGCUGCGGCUCGACAAGGAGCUGGAGGCCCAUCGCAGCAACUUCUCUGCUGAGGCUGAGAAACUGGCCAAGAAGCACCAAGCUAUAUUUGAGAAGGAGGCAAAGGCAGCCCUGGCUGAGGAGAAGAAGUUUCAGCAACAUAUCUUGGGCCAGCAGAAAAAGGAGUUGGGCAACUUGCUGGAGUCGCAGAAGCGGCAGUAUAAGCUACGCAAGGAGCAACUUAAAGAGGAGCUGCAGGAGAAUCAGAGCACACCCAAGCGGGAGAAGCAAGAGUGGCUGCUGAGGCAGAAGGAGAACAUGCAGCACUACCAAGCAGAGGAAGAGGCCAACCUUCUGCGCCGCCAGCGGCAGUACUUUGAGCUGCAGUGCCGCCAGUACAAGCGCAAGAUGCUGCUGGCCCGCCACAACUUGGACCAGGACCUGUUGCGAGAGGAGCUAAACAAAAAGCAGACCCAGAAGGACCUGGAGUGCGCCAUGCUUCUGCGCCAGCACGAAUCCACACAGGAACUGGAGUUCCGGCACCUGCACACCGUCCAGCGCACCCGCACGGAGCUCACCCGCCUGCAGCACCAAACAGAGCUCUCCAACCAGCUGGAGUACAACAAGCGCCGGGAGCAGGAGCUGCGCCAGAAACACGCCAUGGAGGUCCGGCAGCAGCCUAAGAGCCUCAAAUCCAAGGAGCUGCAAAUUAAAAAGCAGUUCCAGGACACCUGCAAGAUCCAGACACGACAAUACAAGGCCCUCCGCAACCACCUCUUGGAGACCACCCCGAAGAGCGAGCACAAAGGCAUCCUCAAGCGCCUGAAGGACGAGCAGACCCGCAAGCUGGCCAUCCUAGCUGAGCAGUACGACCACAGCAUCAAUGAAAUGCUCUCCACCCAGGCUCUGCGGUUGGACGAGACGCAGGAGGCAGAAUACCAGGUCCUGCGGAUGCAGCUGCAGCAAGAGCUGGAGCUGCUCAACGCCUAUCAGAGCAAAAUCAAGAUCCACACCGAGGCGCAGCAUGAACGGGAGAUCAAGGAGCUGGAGCAGAGGGUAUCCAUCCGCCGGGCACUGCUGGAGCAAAGGAUCGAGGAGGAGAUGUUGGCCUUGCAGAACGAGCGAUCUGACCGCAUCCGGAGCCUCUUGGAGCGCCAAGCCCGGGAGAUUGAGGCCUUCGACUCGGAGAGCAUGCGCCUGGGCUUCAGCAACAUGGCGCUCACAGGCAUUCCAGCUGAAGCCUUCAACCAAGGCUACACUGCCCCCCCUCAGCCCUGGCCCUCCCGCCCCGUCCCCCGCAGCGGCUCCCACUGGAGCCACGGCGUCCAGAACACAGCCGGGGCCCCCCACGCGUGGCGGCAGCCCCCCAUGCUUGCCCCGCCCCCUUCGGCUUGGCUCCACCCUCCUUCCUCCUCCCCUUCCUCCUCCUCCUCCUCCACGUCAUCCGCCCCUGGGGGCCGCUCCAAUGUGGUCAUGCUGAGGAACAGCCCCCAGCCGCUGCGGCGCACAGCUUCUGGAGGCCAGUCGGACCAGGGCAUCAGCCGCUCGGCCAGCGUCACCUCCCACAUCCUCAACGGGUCGCACUUCUCCUACUCGUGAGGCGCUGGGGAGAGAACAGGGAAACUUUGCUGGAGGGAGACGGGGGAAUUGGCUGGUGGAAAGGGGGAGGGGAGGAGGAGGAGGCAGGGGGGCGGCGCGUUUGCCGGGGCUCAGCAAGCUAGAACUGGGAGAAACCGAACCGCAGUGUGAAGGCUCCUCAGUCGUCAUCUGUGGCCUUUGACUUGCCACCCACCUUGCAAGCGCAGAGACACAGAAGAUUGGACUGUGCGGCGGAAGGUUGCACUCAUGCCCUCUGGAGCAUGGCUGGGGCCUCCUCCUCAGAUCGUGGUUUCCUAUCCCCCGCCAAAUGGAUGGAGACACCGAAGCUUGUGAACGUGACGUUGGCAAUCGGUUUUUUGCGUCCCUGGUGGUUGUCAGCCGCUUCCCCCAGCGUUGCCACAAUCUGUAGAUGGAGAGAGGCAGAGAGCGGUGCCCCGGCAGCGGAGGCUAAAUUGUGUCUUCAGGAUGUGGCUGAAUAUUCCCAGGACGAGGGGCGGGUGGGGAGAAAGGCCCCCCACAUCGCAGCAAAUCCAGAAUUCUUGAUUGUGCAUCCAUAGCUUGCCCCACGCGCUGCAAUCAGAGCUGAUGCGCUCGGGAGAGCCUGUUCUGUGUCUCCUGCAUCAUGGUUCCUUUCAAUCAGUUCAGGCAGUGAGAGAGAGAGAGAAAUUAAAUUAACGGGCGUGGAUUUUGGGAGAACCCUGGAUUGCCAUUGGUGGCGGCCGAUCGGUGCAUGCAUAGAAUUACCAGAUUGACAGUGAAAGAACUUUGCCUCCUUCCUGAGGCCUGGACAGUGGCUUCUGAUCCUGCCCGAGUUCACAGGCGACCAUAACCGAAAUCCGUUGUUUCUGGACCGUUCUCAGCUCCCGGAACCUUCCUUACCUCACCACAGUCUGUGGCUGGAGAAGGAAUUGUAAAUUGCAAGCUGCUCUGGGCUCUUUAUCUGCAUCGUCCCAUUUCUCACAGAGGCUGCCUCCUCCAGCUCCUCCUGUCACAGCGCCAGGCUGGUCCCACGGGAUGGAGCAGGGACUGAGGUUCCGGAACCAGGCCUCGCGUUCCUGUCAUGAACCAGAAUGUAGAUUUUAAACGGUGCCCUCUACAUACCCGCCCCAUAUGUCUGUUUUGAGACGCGGAUUUAAGCCCAUGCCAGCCCAGGGAUCUGUUUUUGUGUUAAUACUCACCACCUUACCCACAUGGAUUACGUCUCUUUCCCCCCUCUGAAGGAAAGACCGCCCCACCACUCUUGCCACCCAGAGGGACUUUGAAUGGCAGGCCUCCCUCUGCCACCUGGUCCUGAGCAUUAAAUUUAGUUUCCUGGCCCAGCCACAACCUCUGGAAGGUCAGGCUCGCUCCCUGGCCGAGGGCCUCGGAGGGUCACUUGCUUCCGUUGCACCCGGUUGCUCCCUUAAGCCACCUCCUCCUCCCAGAAACCACCGUGCCCCCCCUCCUAAUUUGCCUCCUGUCAUCCCCGUUGUCCUCCAGCCACUUCUCAGCAUCGCUCCCAUGCACCCCACCUGCCCAGUUUAGACUCGCCAGAUCUGCAGCCCUGAGUUCGUAUUUGCAUGCAGGAGAUCGGCUGCAGAAUCUGAGUGCCCAGCAGAAUGAAGGACACCUGUCGGUUCAGAAGCCACCUUCAACCCAUCUCCUUCCUAUACAUUCUCCCCACCCCCAGAACCAUUCCUGCCCCCUGGAAAAAACUUAUUUGGUUACAUAAUACCCAGUAUGAACAAACCCCACGGCCGGCUACCCAGGGUUUGGGAUCAGGGUCAGCCUGUCUGAAUCGGCAAACUAUAUAUCUGUGGCCAGUUGCCCUCCUCUCCUCCUCCUCCUGUACUUAAGCACCAAACCUCUGCUGGAAAAUGGGCCCCUAGUUCCUCUAGAGCUAUAAUUUAUCUGAAUCAGACCCACAUAUCCCACCAGUUGAUGGAGAACACUUCCGGAAGCCCCCGGGGUGGUUUGCCCAGCUAAGAGGAAGGGGAGUUUUGCAAGUGGGCUGUUUCAACUCUGGCCAGCUAAAGGAGAACCUGGGGGGGGGGCAUUUUGCAUGUUCAAAGCUCUUCUGAGUUGGGGGCCCAAUUGGGAGGGGCGGCAUCAUGUUGAAAUCAUGUAUGAUAACUCUUGUGCAAAGUCAGCUUUCAGAGGUUGGUCUUCCCCUUUUCGUUUUGUUCUGAACCAUCGCUCAAAGUUUUCACCAUGUAGGGAGGAAUGCUAGAUUCUUGGCCCCAGCAGGUGAAGAGCUGUGAUCAAACUGUACCAUUUGAACCCAUAUUUUAAAAAAUACCCCUGCUGCUUACGUGAAAAUUGGAAGCUGGGAAGAUGUUCUCUAGGGUAGCCUUCUCCUGGCACACUGGCUUUGUUAAAUGCAUAGCUGUUUCUUGUUUCCCGUUUGGAAGCAUUUGGCCAUGUUGGCUCUCUGAAGUGGGACAGUGUAGGAAGUUCUACCAGCUGCUUGUGUGAAUUAAGCCCAAGGAUCAGCCAGCAGUCUUGGCAUUACAUUGACUGUACAAAAGGAGCCACAUAAACCCCUUUUUUUCAGGAAGAUUGAGGAAAUCCAAGCUUUCUUCUUUUGAAACGUGAAACAAAACUUCCACAUCUCACAAAUCCCUCCUAGAGACCAGGGCAAACUUUUUUUUAAUCUCAUAGGUAGAGCACGCAGUUCUGGAAACCAUUUCUCACUAGUGAUGGAAGGAAAGUCCGAAGGGUUGUGUGUGGAAGCGAAGGAGAGCCGCAUGUUCCAGGAAAGCAGAAAUGGGUUACGGAAUUAUCGCAAGUAGUAAAACGAGCCAGGAAAGAUCUUGAAGUAGAAAUUUUCCAUCUGUUGGCGGGAAAUGUGGUGUAGUCCUUCUUUAUCUGUGGAAGACAUUGUAGUUUCUUAGGUUCCCGCCUCCCGCCCUCAUAUUUGGGCCAGGAACUGAAUCAUUUUUUUCCAUUGUAAGCAGCUGAAGUAAGUCUUGUCCUUUACAACACACAACCCUAUUAAAAUCCCCCUCCUUCCUCAACAAACGCUGCUGCCCACCCCUGUCCCCCAUCCACCCAACCCCAAGGGCACUGGUUUGGCUACAACCAUAAAAUUAUCCUAUCUAAACUUCUCAGACUUCUCCCAGAACCCUCUUCAAGUUCCUCAAGCUAAUUUUGUGAUUGAACAAGGCCACUGUUUUAAACCAGAGGGGUUGGGGGUGGGUGGGAGGGGAGAACUGAAUGGGAUCUUUUGUUACUUCAAGGUGUUCAGUUAGUGAUUUCUGCCUGCCUGGGAUUGGGAAAUGGGGUUUUGGGUGGGCUGGAGGGGCUUGAUGUAUUAUAAUAAUUAAUCCUUUUGCUUUAAAAAAAAUAUUUCUGUUUUUUGGUGCCAUAACUUUCCCCAUGUACAGUUUACCUCUUCCAGUCUUUUUCUUUUCUCUUUUUGCGCUUUCCUCCCCUCCCCCUCCCCAGUUUUUUUCCUGUCUCCCUCUGUGUGGGUGAUUAAAAACUAAUGUGAGUGUGUGUA